AUAAGAAGGUUGUUGUGUAGAAUGGGCGCAAAUUCCAGUGUUUGUGUUCGUACAACGAUAAUUAAUCUUUGCAGUUUCACCCGUCAAUGAAAAUAUGUAAGUUAUACCAAUUUAACCGAGUUACGACCCGACGGGACAAGCAAGGCUCGACUCUCCUCUUGUCGUCGACCCUCAGGACUUGGGUACUCAGUUAACUUAGCUCAUCCUAGCUACAGCACGGCCUGAUAAUGUCAGGUCUCCCGCAGAACAACCUGCAAGAGCAGCUGGCCCGGCACAGCAGCGCUGCUCACUCCAGACCAGCCCUGGCUAAAACCAAACCCGGGGCCUUUUUGUUCAAGAAGAAGUCCUCAUCAGGUACAACUAAAGUAGAAUAUCCGACCAAGGUAAUCAGCUCAAAUGCUCUGGCAAACAGGAAUGUCAAUGUCCCUAAGAACAGUUUGGUGACUGAAUCUCCUUUAACAUUUUCAAACAAGCUUGAAAGACCUCAAAAAACCCAAAUCAGCGACUUCUUUCAAAGUUCAAAAUGCAAGUCAAACUCUCCAGCAUGUUCUGCCUCAGAAGUGUCUGGUGUCAAGGCGACGCAGGUUCCAGCUAAAUCCGACAAAGGACUUUGUUCCAGCAAAGAAACCAAUUCUGCAAGUCUUAAUGCGUCUGGUUUCCCGAUGGAUGACUGGGAUGAUUUUGAUGACUUUGAAACGCCCACCAAAGGAAAAAGUGACUCCCCCUGCUCAGACACAUCGGGUAAGAUCACCAAGAAGUCAUCCCUGUCAUCUCCAGAAGAAAAAUCUCCAGAAGAAAUAUUUCCAGAAUUUUUAGGAAAAGAAAGCAGAGAUUCCUGUCUUGAGGAACCAGAAUCAAACUACAAAUCUUGUUUGGAGACGGAUGAGCCAAAGCACAGCGUCAACAACACUGCAGUUUCAGCAGGUUGUAGUUUAAGUGAUGAACCAGCAGCAUGUGAACCAGAGGAUUCUCCAGUGAGGAGUCGGAAAAGACGUCCUCCUCCACACAUAACAUCGGUCUUGAGUGAUAGUGAAGACGAUAUCAGUGUCAAGGCUGAAUCUUGUAAAGUUACAACAGACAAUAAAAAAAUGUGGAUUGACCCAAACGUUAUAGAGCUUGUUGACAACUCUGAGCCUGAAGAGGAUUUUGAUUACAUUCCCCCCUCACCUGUCCCUGAUGAAAUCUCUUUUAAAGCAUCUGCAGUGGAGACAAGUGCCAGGUCAGGUGAUGUCCAAAGUAAAGAGAGUCCUGUUCAACUGAAGCACGCUGCUACAGCUCUACCUCAACUUUCCAAUCAGCACUCAAAAGUCAGAACAAAUGAGCAGCUCCUCAGUAUCAUGGAGUCUAUUUGUGCUCUGGUUGACUCCAUCCCUGAACACGAACUAAUCGGUCUGUCCUGUGGAGAUGAGCUUCUGCUCAAGAGAGCUCAUAGGAAGAGGAUUCUUGCUACUGAUGGCGAGUCUUUGUUGAGGAUACAGCAGCCAGACAGCACAGUGAUGUCUGAGUCCAGCUUUAAAGAAACUACUUCUAGCUGUAGGACAUCUAGCAACUUAUCAAACAGCUCUCUACCUGCUGACUCCAAGAAACCCCAGAGAAACCAAAGAUCAUCGGUCUUAUCUGUGAACUAUGAGUCUGAUCACACUGAAAGUAGUCAUUCAAAAUCCUUACGUGACAGAAAAAUAUGUGUUGAAAACGAGAGCAUUUGUGACUCUCCGUCAGCCCAAAAUCUCCCAAUGCCUUUUGAUCUCCCAGAGGAAGCGAGCGUAAACCUUGAUGAUUCAGAUCUCUUCUUCUCACCAGGCCAGAAACCAGCCGCUGCUUUGCAAAGCAAAUCUAAAACUCCAACUUAUAUGUCUGCAGAAGAUAAUGAAGUCGACGACUUUUACAUUGAUGACUUUGACAUAGAUGACAUUAAUGAUUCUGAUAUCCCUGACUACUUUGACGCACCCCCGACUCCAUCGGUUUCAACACAAAGGUGCAGCACUGGGGCUGCUCCAGUGAAAGAAGGAGGACCAAGCAAGUCUCCAUGGGCAAAGAACCCAACAACUCCAGUUUCUGCAACAAAACCUUCAAAUAUUUCCUCCCCAGAGCCCACGUUUAAAAACCCAGCUCACGAUCGCUUCAGAGGGUUCAACUUCCCCCAUUCACAGGAAAUGAUGAAGAUCUUUCACAAGCGUUUUGGACUUCAUCAGUUUAGGUUUAAUCAACUAGAAGCAAUAAAUGCUACAAUUCUGGGAGAAGAUUCAUUUGUUUUGAUGCCCACAGGUGGGGGUAAAAGCUUAUGUUACCAGCUUCCUGCCUGUCUCUCAACUGGAGUCACGGUUGUUGUUUCCCCACUUAAAUCCCUAAUUGUUGAUCAGAUCCAGAAACUCACCACCUUAGAUAUCCCAGCAACAAGUCUGUCUGGUGAUAAAAGUGACAGUGAAGCCGGAAGAAUUUAUAUGCAGCUUUCCAGGAAAGACCCAAUAAUUAAACUGCUGUAUGUCACACCUGAAAAGCUGAGUGCAAGCAACAGGUUAAUCUCUGCUCUGCAGAACCUGUAUGAAAGAGGCUGUCUGGCUCGCUUUGUCAUAGACGAGGCGCAUUGUGUCAGUCAGUGGGGCCAUGAUUUUCGUCCAGAUUACAAGAAGUUGCACGAACUGCGUCAGAAGUUCCCCAACGUGCCGAUGAUGGCUCUGACAGCCACCGCCACCCCUCGAGUGCAGAAAGACAUCCUCAACCAGCUGAAUAUGACGCGGCCGCAAGUAUUUACCAUGAGCUUCAACAGAACCAACCUCAAGUACUGUGUGCUGCCCAAAAAACCCAAAAAGGUUGAUGAAGACUGCAUCAACUGGAUCAAGAAGCACUACCCUCGUGAUUCGGGCAUUGUGUACUGCCUGUCUCGUAAUGACUGUGACUCCAUGGCAGAGAGUCUUCAGAGAGCGAGGAUACUGGCUCUGUCCUAUCACGCAGGGCUCGGUGACGGCGACAGAGAACGUGUUCAGACCAAAUGGAUCAAUCAAGAUGGUUGCCAGGUCAUCUGCGCCACCAUAGCGUUCGGUAUGGGUAUUGACAAGCCUGAUGUGCGCUACGUGAUCCACGCCAGCCUGCCUAAGUCAGUGGAGGGUUACUAUCAGGAGUCGGGGAGAGCUGGCAGGGAUGGAGAGAUCUCUCACUGCAUUCUCUUCUACUCCUACUCUGACGUCGUGCGUAUCAAGAGGAUCAUUGGCAUGGACAGAGAAGGGGACCGACAUACCAAAGGAACUCAUUUCAACAACCUACACAGCAUGGUGCACUUCUGUGAGAACCUGAUGGAGUGCAGAAGAAUCCAACUGCUCGCAUACUUUGGGGAGCUGAAGUUCAACAGAAGCUUCUGUAAAAACCAUCCGGACGUCACCUGUGACAACUGUGCCAAACCCAGCCAAUACAAGAUGAGGGAUGUGACUGAAGAUGUGAAGAGGAUUGUGAGAUUUGUCCAGGAGAACUGUGAAAAAGUUGGGGCGAGGUUUGGCAAGACGGCUGGGCAGAAUCGUCUGACACUAAACAUGCUCGUGGAUAUCUUUUUAGGAUCGAAAUCUGCCAAGGUUCAGACGGGGAUGUUUGGGAUGGGGACGGCUUACUCUCGGCACAACGCCGACCGUCUCUUCAAAAAACUGGUUCUGGAAAACAUCCUGGUUGAGGACCUCUACAUAACCAACAACAACCAGGCUGUUUCCUACAUCUCUGCCGGAGCUAAAGCCAUGAACGUGCUGUCUGGGCACAUGCAGGUGGACUUUUAUGAGACUGAGAGUGCGUCCAGCAUCAGGAAACAAGCUGCUGUCACCAAGAACGUCUCCCAGAGAGACACAAUGGUCCAGGAAUGUCUCAAGGAGCUUAUAGAGCUCUGCAAGCAGCUGGGCAAAGCUUUUGGCCUUCAUUACUACAACAUCUUCUCCAUGGCCGCUUUAAAAAAGAUCUCUGAGAGGCUUUCCUCUGAUCCUGAUGUCCUCCUGCAAAUUGAUGGUGUGACGGAGGACAGACUGGAGAAAUAUGGCGCUGAAGUGAUUCAGGUGCUGCAGAAAUACUCGGAGUGGCAGCUACCCGCAGAAGAGCAGACUGAGGAUGCGGGAGACGGCUGGAUAGACACAACACGAGGUCGUACAUAUGAUGAUGAUUACGACGACACAGAGUCCUCUUCUUACUUUAAUCAGCGCUCACAAGGACAGAAGAGAAAGAAAGCUCCUUUCUUCAAGUAUUCAAAGAAGAGGAAAGGACAGGCAAGCUCUGGUUAUAAAGGUCGUUACAACAGCAGCAAUAAGUCGGGGUCCUCGUCCAGCUCCAGAGGGGGCUCCCAGAGCGCCGGUCGGGGAUCCAGGAGCGCAGCGGCAGCGCAGCCCGCCGCCAGGACGCCGGGAUUCCUGGCUGCACCGGUGCCGCGAAACGGCCAGCGGCCUUUCUUAAAGCCCAGCUUUUCCCACGUGAGCUGAGGGCCGAGUUCAAGUUCCUCUAACUCACUACAUUUCCCAGAUGAUGUACAUUUUCACCAAGUAUCAACCACAGCUGUUCCUCAAGACUGCUAAAACUGAGGAUCUCUGCUGCUAUUAUAUGACAUCUGUACAAACAGUCUGACUUAUGUAUGUUGUAAAGUUUAAAAUGUACUUGCUCACUGGAGCAAUUGGGUGUUAUUGUUUGUUUUUUAUAACUAAAUUAAAGAAAUCUAAGCAUUCA